GCACUUGGCAUACUAUAAAGACGAUCAUAUCUUCGCCGCGUAGUGAUCUUCUCUUCUCACAUCGGCUAGGGUUUCUCCUCCAUCUGGUUCAAUGGGAAAAGGAACGGGAAGUUUCGGUAAGAGGAGGAACAAGACUCACACGCUCUGUGUGAGGUGUGGCCGCCGGAGCUUCCACAUCCAGAAGAGCCGCUGCUCUGCCUGUGCUUUUCCCGCCGCUCGCAAGCGAACGUAUAACUGGAGCGUGAAGGCCAUUCGGAGAAAGACCACCGGAACUGGUAGAAUGAGGUACCUCCGCCAUGUGCCUCGGAGGUUCAAGACUGGCUUUAGAGAAGGCACCCAAGCAACACCAAGGAACAAGGCUGCUUCUGCGUCUGCUUAGGCAAUCAAUGAGUGAAUCCUUGGAACUGGGCACAUGAUUCAAUGAGCCUAUAACUCCUCAAAGAAUACAGAUGUGGGUUUUGUUUUUGUUUUUUUUCAAUGCUUAUUAUGUAGUUUUUGUUUAAAUUUUGGACAAGAAUGGAUGUUGUUGCUUGGCAUUUUUGUAUCGUACUAUGUCCUUGUUCAGUUUUGAUAUGCUUCAGAAUUGAUCUUUGUUGUCAUGAAGGUAUUUUUUUA